AUGGUGGAUUCGCCUUUAAAUGAAGAAACACUUGCCGCAACCCAGCCAGCAAUAUCUCCGUCAACUCUUCCUUCAGAAGGGGCCCUUAGUACGGAUGCUUGUGGAGGAGUUCAUGCCACGGCAGCAGCCGAGAGAGGCAACUCCAGAGCUUCCCCCAGCUCGGCCCUCAGUUUGCCUUUGUCAGUUUUUGGGGAAAUUACCGGUGCUACGGCCGAAGCAGAGGAGAGGGCGGCGGCAGACCUUUACCCUCCCCUGGUUCCCUUUUUGUCCUCCACUUCGAUGACUUGUCUGCGGCGGUCCUCGGCUCACAAUACAGAGUCGACCUCAACUUUUCGACCGGAUGAACACUGUACUCUGGAUGAAGUGCGGGACGGACAAAAUGACUCGGCAAGAAAGUCCGUCCUCGAAAGCACUAACGAAAAUAUAGACCCGGCAAAGGAUUUGAUGGCGCAGAAGCAAACCCAGUUGUCUCUGACGGAAAAAGAAUCUUUCUCUGUGAAGUCUCCUAGCGAAGAGCACAGCGUGUCACCUCGUAGCUCAAGCCCUUCGCUAAAGCAGAGUGAUUUUGCAGGAUCGCGGGAGACAGCUAACUCAGCGUUUGAGAACUUGGCCGUUCCAGAAGCUCGGGGAGUAGCGCGUCACGAGCCCGAACAGGGCCUUGACACAACACACAAAGGGCGUGUGCGGUCCCGGCGCUACAGCACUAGCUCCGACGGCUCUUCCAUGUCCGACACGAGGCUAAGAGAGGAGACGCGGCGCAACACAGAGAAAAACGCAUCUCCUCUCAGAAGCAGGCACACCCAUACGCAUCUGCAGCAGAGUUAUGUACAAUUUCGAAGCCUGGGAAAGAGAAGCAGCGUAUCAAGCUUUCAACGGACAGCACCAGCAGCGUCAGCUUCCGCCCCAGUCACCCCAGUGCGUUUUUCCGCGGUGUCUUGGCAGCAGUGUUCGAUGCGCUUGGAUAGACACACGCCACCAAAACCUCGUGCAGCAUUUCCACUGUCACCAGCGUGUACAGAAGCAGUGCCGAGCGCUGUGGCGACACUUGCCGUUGCUACGGCAACACCAACUGCGGAUCAUCCAACAGCUGGUGUCAGUCCAGUGAAGAGCAUCCUCAGGGCGGCGUCAGCCUGCACUAGUGCGCGUAGUAUCUCUUCUCGGCGCGUCAUUUUCACCCCACUUCCUAAACGUCAAAGUGCAUCAGGCGGUGGUGACUGUCAGAAGUCCCCGUGGGCCGAUCAGCCCGCUGAGGCGAUGGCACGCACUGACAGUGACGCGCCGCCAGCAGUCUUUUUGCCGACAGCAUUAGUGCCCACAGAAACAGAGGUAGGUGGAAUGCAGCCUGGUUGCAAUAGGAGGCAUUCAGUUGGGCUUGCCAACUCGUCUGACCAGCCGCGGCAACAGCAACAAGAACAUCAGUGUCAGCAGCAGCAGGGCACGCCAGCCUCCAUCACUGCCCGGUCUGAAGCCAUGCCGCUGGACCCACAAAGCCCCUUUGACAACCUUUGUCGAGUUCGUACAUCUCACUAUCCAGUGCAAGGUGAAGCAUCCGAGUCACAGCUUCAGAACUGUAAUUACCCAGCGGAAGACCGGCAGCAUCGCCGUCAGACUACCCUAGGAAGCAGGCUAAGCUCGAAGGCAAACUUGGAAGCUCAAGAGGCUGCAGAGGAGCUUGAAACUUCCAAUGAUGCAGAAGUUUCAGCGGCUGAAACGGAGGAUCGAACGGAGUUCGCACAGGAAACUGCGGUUACGGGGGUCGUUACAUCCGUUGAACUCUCACUCGAGGUAGCGCGUGAAUUAACAAUACACACUCCAUCACCCUGCACCACGCACCUUUCUGAAGCACAGGCAUCGAAAAGUGAAGCGUCACCAGCUAAAAAACGCAUAGCAUCACCUGGUAGGUCAGCUCCUACGACAACAGAGACUGCAAGAGACGGGGUUUCAGGGAAGGAGACGAAUGGGGAACUUGGAAGGCCGAGUCGACAAGCCACGUCAGAAGGAGGAAUACCCAUAGCAGACACAGUACCAGAGGUUACGAGCGGACGUUCUUCAGCUGAAACUCGUGGUGAAGCUCAAGCUUCUGUCGGAGACGGCGGCACCUUUACCUGCUGCUGUUCUUCGACGCGAGUGCUGGUGGUGAGCAGUGAAGGAGAAACAGAAUUACUGCUACAUUCCGCCUCCUGCCUUGUGGCACCGGCCAUGAGCGAGCCGUUGCAUGCAGACCCGACUCCCCAACGAAAGGCCCCUGCUAGGCCCCUGCCUGAAGGAAAGUCGCGAACAUCGGGCGGUGUUGCUGUUUCCAAUGGCGCUGGUGCUCCUUCCCCUGCUGCUUCGGUGCAAGCCUCAGCAGCGGCAGCGGCAGAAAAGAAGCCCCACCAUACUAGGGAUGAGGCCAUAGACAGCCAUAGGGAUCCGCCUGCCGCUGCUGCGCAUUUUACGCAGCAACACCAGCAUGAGCAAGAUCCGUUGCAUUCAACGAACGAUUCCACCAGCAGCCUAGCAGAUUCUGGUUCUGAAGUCCGGCAGCAAACUGUCCCCUUCACUUUGGUGGACGCACCCACGUACGGAACAGCGAUAGCGCUUCCUCCUGUUGCAUGCCUCAAAGCAAGUUUCGAAGAGGGCGAGCCGAACGGAACUGCCCAUGCAUCUCUUCCCAGUGGUACAGGCACAGAGCAGAUACUGGUCCACCAACAACAGCAGCAACGGAGGGGUUCCGGUAUUGAAGCAGAGCUUGAUUCACCAAGCACCUCUGAUAUUUCCUCAACUCCCCUGACUCCAUUUGCGGGACCUGAUCCCCUCAGCGGAGACGCGCCGUUGUCUCCUCGGCUAGCAGUCCCUACCGGAGGAGGCGGGUCCCGCAUCGUGAGCACGUCUGCUAUGUCUUUCCUCCUUAGUGUCAGGCAUCAGCUUGAAGCCGAAGCAGCGGUACAGCAGCGCAGGCAAGAGCAGAAGCAGCAAGGCCCCUUGGAGCAACGGCAUACAGAAGAUGCAGCAUUGCACGAUGUGCACGAGAGGGGAGUGCACUUAUGUGACGGCGCUACGAACACAGAGGAAUCGCCGACGAAGCAACAGGAGCAACAGCAGGGGCGACGACAGCUGGAUAUCGAAAAGCCACAGCCCCAUUUUGACGCAGUCCCCAAUGGUUCUUGCAGCUAUCAGCAGCAACGGUGCGGGGACUCGGUCAAGUUACAAGAAGCCACUUCAGAAUCAAAUGGCGGUGCCUUAACUGGAGGGCCUUCCACCAGCAACUGCUGCAGCAAUGAUCGUGUUUGCGAGGCGUCUCGUUCGCCUUUGGGCUCUCCCAAAGAAUCAAGGAGGGAAUCGGACGCCAGUGCAGCAGCAGCAUCAAGCACAAACAGUCACUGCCACGGCAACAGCAGCGAGAUCCGAAAGAGUGUGAGCAACGCGACUGCCGACAAAGCUACCAGCAUCAGCGUCAACCCACAGUGGCGCACACAAUGGAGAGCGUUGAAUGCCUUGACGAACAAACUGUUACAGGGCUUACCGAGAGCCCUUACUGUCAUUGCGGAGGGAGAUAAUGACGUCUCACCUGUGGAACGGACAUCAGCAGCAGAAACACCAUCUAAGCCAGUUGCACGAGAUACGCAUGCCAAGCCAGCUGCUGAGGCGCAGCGCGCUUCUCCAUGUAUAUCUUGGGUGGACUUCAGAGAGGAGCGCCUACAAGAAUUACAGCUUAGCGAGAAACAGCAUCAAGAUAUUGCAACACAGGGCAAUAUGCAUGAAAGAGGCGAUGAGGCGUCAGAGAUCCAAGAGUUUCUAAGCCAGCGACUGAUGAAGCGUGGCGCCUCUUUUGCUGCAGCAGAGGCAGAACAGCUGUUAACGCAACGAGCCAAAACACGUAGGGAAUGGGAAGAGGUCUAUGAAAAGACUCAGGAAGUGCUGCAGCAGCAGCUGCGAGAUCAUACUGAGCCGCUGUUUCAGCAGACAUCACAGGACUUCAAGCAAUUGGGGGAGGCUUUAGAGGUCGCUUCCAGCCAGACUGAGCGAGCUGCAGAGGCGAAACGACUCCGAUUGAGCAAGGAAUCCUGGGAGUCGAGCUUCAUGUGCGUCGUAUGCGUAGUGUCUAUCUUCUUCGGCAAUCGGAUAACGGUGUCGAUGGUCUCUGCAAGACAUGGCGCAGGAAUUUCUUUUGCUGCUAUGGCGGAAGAACGUCACUUCGCGCUGCAGUCUGCGGCCAAAAAUGUUGACGGAACGGCCGCAUCUUUGGGCCACUUUUUGGAACAGGAGACCCAGCUGGCGGAGGAAAUAGCGGCGAUGGAGGCGGAGAUUAGGGGAUUCGACGACGCAAGUAGCGAUCUGCGGGUGUGCAAGAAGACUACAGUAGUGUUGCUAGCUUCUCUUGGCACAUAUCUUGACGAGCUUCUUGCGGAUAUCCGCCACAAGGAGAGCAUUGUUGAAGCAUUUGGACGCCUUAGUGGGGUCCGCAUACAUCGAGUCAGCACUACAGGGCUAGUCGCCGAGUUAGCCUGGCCUCGGUCCCUUCCCAGUGUGGCUGCGCUCCAGUUGGCUGCCGGAACCUGUGGCACAGAUGCAGUGGCGCAGCGCGAAUGCAGCAGUAGCCCGUUUCAUGGGCCUUGUGCCUCAGCCGAUUAUCCCGUGGCUUCAACAAGGAUCGCUAUUUCUUGGGAUCGCCAGGCGGCGGAGCCAGCACAGAUGCUAAAGCGGUCGCAGCCUGCUCCUCAACUUGCUUCCGUGCCUACAAAAGCUGCAGCCAAAAGAGCUUCGCAAAUCCCUGCUGCUGCUACUGAUUCGUCGACACCACUAAGGCAACGCGUGCAAAUAAUGAGGCCGUGUUUUCCUCCAGGAGGCCCUUUCAGCGACUUUGCAGUCUGCACACCACUGCUAGCCCCUCGGCGAGGAAGAGCACAAGACGCCGGUGCAGCGGUCCCAGAUGCAGUGUGUCCAGCACCAGGUGCCUCAGCAGCGUGCCAGACUGGUGUUGCGUCGCGGCGACAUCAGGCAGACGCAGUGCAAGGCACAGUCAGUGAACCGCGAUUCUUACCCAUUACCAGCUGCAAGCUGCAAUCUCGUUUCCCAGUGUUACGAGCUGCAGCAGCAGCAGCUACGGCCACUGGCGCGGCCAAUGGUGAUGCUCUACCUCCACAUAAAAGGUGGAUGUUUACUGUGGACUUGCUGCGUUAUUUCCUUCUAGGAGCUGUGCAGCGGUCGCUACAGCAGAUGCUGCAGCAGCAAAGAUGCAGAGGUGAUGAAGGUGAUGAGCAUAUGGGGGCAGCGACGACACAGGACUCGUUUGGUCUCACUUCAGCAGAAUCCUCUGCUGACCGUUUCCGCCAUGACACUGAUAUGAGGGGUUUUAAUCGCAGCGAUGACAUGAGCAACUGGUCAUCUGCGGAGACAGGCAGCAGCAGUGCAGCGGGAGCAACUGAUAGUCAUUCUGAAGUCCUAGGAGCCCCACCCUUCCCGAACUUGUCUGUUGUGAGGGCGCUUCUGCUUCAUGCACAUGCGGCUGCUGGAAGAGUCGCUCUGCUGCAUGACCAGCUGCUCCUUGUUCUUCAUUCCUUCACAAGUGUUACAUCUGUUAGCUUUGAGGAUCAAGGAUUGGAGCCUUCACUGCCUCAUCUAAUCUUCAAGACAUUUUUGGCGCCCUCAAACGACGAGCUUCCCGUGCUCCAGCUCAGUCUAACUAUUAACUUAAGUGAAGCGCUUUCUCGCGGUUCUUUAUUGCUUGCGGUGGAAUCAGUGGACGUGAAAUGUCUUUCGGCUGUUGAUGACCUUUGCAGCGAUGGGCAGAGGGUUUGCAGGGCGUUGCAUGGGACAAUUCAGUCCCGUCUCAAAGCACUGUGGGAUCCAGAGCAACAACAGCCAUCCGUAGAAGGGUGCAUGAAGGCAUUCUCCGACCAGGGGCUUGUGGAGUGCCUUUACUCUGCUUGCGACGAAGCUGGUUACACCUGUGCUGUAGAGGACUGGCAGCGAAGUAAGUUUGAAAGCUCGUAUACAGGAGACGCAAACGAUUCCGUUAAAUUUGUUUCUCGGGGAGCCGAAGAGGCUACCGCUUUGGGACGCUGGGCUGCUGUUCUUGAGGGAGCGGAAGUUGUGUCGCUUCUCCAUUAA